GCCCAUCUCCUGUCCUCUGGGUUCUUCUGUGGAUCUCUGUGGUUCUCCUACCCAGCGGUCAGACAUGCCCAGUGGACCCACCGCUUGCCACAGCACCGAGAGGACUCACACAGGUGGAACUAAGAUCUUCUGCCAGAAAAGACUGUAACAAGGAAGGAGUCUGAAUUUCACCACCUCCUCUCUCUCUCUCUCUCACACACACACACACACACACACACACACACACACACACACACACACACACACACACACACGUGCGCGGCUCCGUCUGAUGCCCAGAGGACGUCUCUCUGCCCUCAUGUCCUCUGCCGUGACCCCGUCCUCCAAAACCCCGUCCACCGCCACUGGAAGCUCCGGUCCGAUGGGUCCUAAAGAGCUGGAGCUGAUCCUGGUGAAAGAGCAGAAUGGGGUUCAGUUCACCGCCUCGACGCUGGUCAGCCCGCCACACACGGUCAAACACACCCAGACCCACCCGUCGGGCGAGGAGCGCGAGACCUGGGGCAAGAAGAUCGAUUUCCUGUUGUCUGUCAUCGGGUUUGCCGUGGACCUGGCCAAUGUGUGGAGGUUCCCCUACCUCUGCUACAAGAAUGGAGGAGGGGCGUUUCUGGUCCCCUACCUAUUCUUCAUGGUGAUUGCUGGGAUGCCUCUCUUCUACAUGGAGUUGGCCCUGGGACAGUACAACCGAGAGGGGGCCGCAGGGGUCUGGAAGAUCUGUCCCAUAUUUAAAGGUGUGGGCUUCACAGUUAUCCUAAUCUCCCUCUAUGUGGGCUUCUACUACAAUGUGAUCAUCUCCUGGGCACUCUUCUACCUGUUCUCGUCGUUCACGGGCGACCUGCCCUGGGUCAACUGCAACAACCCCUGGAAUAGCCCCAAUUGCUCUGACCUGUGGGCCAACAACUCGCUUAACGACAGCCAGAAGACCACACCAGCGGCAGAGUACUUUGAGCGAGGGGUAUUGCACCUGCAGGAAAGUGGUGGUAUCCAUGACCUGGGUCGCCCCCGAUGGCAGCUCACCUCUUGUCUGGCCGUGGUGAUCGUCAUCCUAUACUUCAGCCUCUGGAAGGGGGUCAAAACCUCAGGGAAGGUGGUGUGGAUCACUGCCACUAUGCCCUAUGUGGUCUUGACUGUGCUGCUGCUGAGAGGUGUCACCCUCCCUGGAGCCAUGGACGGCAUUAAAGCCUACCUUAGCGUGGACUUCAUGAGACUUCUCGAGGCUCAGGUCUGGAUCGAGGCAGCUACUCAGAUCUGCUUCUCUUUGGGGGUCGGGUUUGGUGUGCUAAUCGCCUUUUCCAGCUACAACAAAUUCAGCAACAACUGCUACAGAGAUGCGAUCAUCACCAGCUCUAUAAAUUCCCUGACUAGUUUCUUCUCUGGUUUCGUCAUCUUCUCUUUCCUGGGCUACAUGUCACACAAACACAACAUAGCACUUGACAAAGUGGCCACUGAUGGUCCAGGUUUAGUCUUCAUCAUUUACCCAGAGGCCAUUGCUACACUGUGGGGGUCUCCAGUAUGGGCUGUGAUCUUCUUCAUAAUGCUGGUCACUCUUGGCAUUGACAGCGCUAUGGGCGGUAUGGAGUCGGUGAUCACUGGCCUGAUAGACGAGUUCAAGUGUCUCCACAAACACAGAGAGCUCUUCACACUCUUCAUUGUCAUCUCUACCUUCCUCAUCUCCCUACUCUGUGUGACCAACGGUGGCAUCUAUGUUUUUACUUUGUUGGAUCACUAUGCUGCUGGAACCUCCAUUCUAUUCGGGGUGUUGAUUGAAGCUAUCGGCAUCUCCUGGCUCUACGGUGUGGAUCGCUUCAGCGAUGACAUCGAGGAGAUGAUCGGACAGAGGCCUGGACUCUACUGGAGAAUGUGCUGGAAGUUUGUCAGUCCCUGUUUCCUGCUGUUCAUGGUGGUGGUGAGCUUUGCCACGUUCAACCCUCCUAAGUACGACACCUAUGUGUUCCCGGUGUGGGCCAACGUGGUUGGCUGGUGCCUGGCCAUCUCCUCCAUGACCAUGGUGCCCCUCUACGCCAUCUACAAGUUAUGCUCACUGCAAGGCAGCUUCUGCGAUAGACUGGCAUAUGCCAUCACCCCAGAAACAGAACAUCACUUGGUAGAACGUGGUGAAGUACGGCAGUAUACGCUCCAUCACUGGCUUGUGGUUUGAGUCGCGCCAAUCAAAGGGAGGUAGACAGCACAGCAACCAAUCAGCAAGCUCACUGCUGGAAAAAUCUGUGGACGUGUCAACCAAGCUGUCAAGAAAUAAAUCCAUAGAAACUAGUCAUGUUUUCUCUCUUGUGAUUGGGUAUGUGGCUGUGCCGUGUGGUUGGCCGUCUGUCGCUCUCAAUCUAAACUCGAUAUCCAAUGACUGUUAAACAAUGUCUAUGUUGUUCCCCCAGUACUUGUGUGUGUGUUUGUUUUUUUUGUUUAUAUUUAAUUAUUUAAUGACCUCAGUGGUAGAUUGCAGCUGAGACAAAUUGAUUUCUGAGAUGUGCUUGAAAUGUCACUGGCAAAUCUGUUCCGCAAAAAAAUAAAUAAAAAAGACACAGCGCGCAUAUAGCAAACAAACAUAGCAUAGAUCCAGCCAGAACUACAAUUAAGGGAGCAACCAAUCAGGGUGACUCUCUCUGUAAGAGGCGGCAUUGUCUGGGUUUUCUGAUUCAUUUGAAAUUAUCCUGAAGAACUCAGAUAUAAGAUGGCAUUGAAAUGGAUCAUCUGGACUUCAUCUGGCUUUGAUGUGGCUGGGAUUUGAUGGUGAUCCAUCAGAACUAGAUUCAUAGCCAUUCCCAAAAUGAGCUCCAAGUCAAACAUUUCUAAAUGAAUCAGAACACAUAAAAUGGCCUAUUCUAACCAUAGCAGGGAAUCCUUAACAUACUACACCCCUGCACACAUGUACAGUACACACACACACACACACACACACACACACACAGACACCUUAUAUGUGACUGCAGGCUAGUAAGAAUCUCAACUGGUUAUAACAGUAUUAAUGACUGCUAUAUCAUUGGCAGCACCCCUACACUCUUCCCUGUCAGUAGGACCCCCAUCUUAUUCAUACCACUCCACUCCAGAAUACUCUAUCAGCUUAAACUGAAACCAAAGACUUGAGAUGAGCAGAAUUGACGACUGCACAGCUUUGAGUGAGUUUUCCUGUUUCCUGCAAUGAUUUCUAGUGUGUGUUUCCUAGAUCAUCAUACUUGCUGUGAGGUUGCUUUUCUGUGCCUGUACAAGCUUUUGAAUAUGUUUCUGGAGGGGACGCUGUGGGUGUAAGCUUGUGAUAUAUUUGUUUAUCUGGUAUGAAAAAAAUCUGAAAUCUUGUAUGCUUGUCUCAGUUGAGAGGGUCCAUGCAGAUGUAAGCCCAUUUGGCAGGAAGAUGUGGGCGUGCUUUGUAGGAAAAUGACAUAGAUCAGUAAAAUGACAACAGUCACUUGGCCAAAUCCGCAAGCAUGAGACACACACAGAGAACCAGCUGUGCGGAACUUAGAUGAUGAUGGGUUUCUUAGUUGACAGUCUGUCUUAGAUGUCCAAAAGCAACCCUCCCUACAGUACACCCCCCUCGCCACCCUUUUACACCUGUUGUGGUGGAUCAAAGUGGCUGAUAAGAUACUCAACAUGAUGUCCUUUCUUAGAAAAAUCAUUUGACAUGAGUGUAAUCAUGUGACCUUAAACCACGUUUGUCUCAUUAUAUGGAGUCUAGCUAGUUUCCCUGUGUUAGAGCUGAUAUGAAGUUGAGAAGGAUGAGAUUACUUAUAAUGACAUUACUACAACAAGUGACAAGAGAGGUGACAUCACACAACACUACAACACGUUUCAGGAGAGGUGACAUCACAGAAUUCUGAGAUGCACUUGGCAUUGAUGGUGCAAGCAUAGAAUUUUGGUGACUAAGUACAAUAGAGUAAACAUGACAUACACCACUGUCUGUGUUAGAUCUGUUUUGAUAACAUCCUGAUUCACUGUAAGGAUGUGCUCUAGGACUGAAUUAUAAAUGGUCAGCUAUGUAUGGUAUGUAUGAAAUCAAUCAGUUUAUCUUCUCUUUUGUGAUGUAUUGCUAGAAAAGGCAUGUAGAGUGCACACAGGAAAACCCAUUCACUGUUAAUGAUCAUGGAAACAGAUCACACCCAUUGCAGUACAUUUAGGCAUAACAUACAUUCAAAUUUAUUUUAAUAUACUAUAUUUUAAUAGUUUGAAAGUCUUUGUCCAACUCCCCACUCCACCCCACAAACCCCCCACAAAGAGCCAGUUUUUAAAAAAAUGAUUAUAUCCUUGACAUUUUGCUGAAAUGAGAUAAAAUAAAAUGGAUACUGCAAUUAUUUUGACUGUUUUGUACAGACACUCUUCCUAAUCUUUAUGCCAUAACAUAAUUUCCUAUAAUAGUCUAUAAAAAUAAUGUAAAGCGUUGUGUAAAUUUGUGUGAUUCAGUUCUGUCCAUGUGCUUUGAGAGUAAGCAUUCUGUGAAAUUUCCUCAAAAUGUCCUUCUUACCUCAAUCUUGUAACCCUCCAGGUCUUACUAGAGGGCAUCAUUGCUAAUUUGAUAAUAUUUUGUCUGUGUAAAUGUCUCUAUGUAUAUAUAAAGUGAUGUGCAAUUGAAAUCCACUGCCAUAUAAGCUAAGACUGUAAGCUAAGACUAGCUAUUUAUGUCAUUCAUUAUGGUAUGUAGGCUAUCUCGUAUUUGGAAAAGUUUG